CUUCAUCAUGACUGUCACCACGCUACCGUACAUGAAAACGAACCCCAAGCUCAUAUUCUUCACCGAUUUCGAUGGAACGAUCACCCUCGAAGACAGUAGGUACAGACGAAGUUCGCACAACAUGUCCACUAGCUAAGUACUCGAUGCAGGCAAUGAUGCUAUGGUAUCUACCCUUUACAACCUACAAGCACACCACUAAACCUGCAUGUUACUGACACUUGGUCGCAAGAUCGAUAACCUUGGCUACGGGCGCGCAAAGCGCCGUCAAGGCAAUGAGGCUGUCCUUGAGGGCACCAUGAGCUUCCGUGACGCUUUUCGCGACAUGUUGGAUAGCAUCAAAACCCCCUACAACGAGUGCAUCGAGUACCUCAAGAAGAACAUGAAGCUGGAUCCCUACUUCGUGGAAUUCUACAAAUGGUCCAAGGAGAACAACGUACCGAUCGUGGUGUUGUCUUCCGGCAUGAUUCCAGUCAUCAGCGCCCUCUUCGAGACGCUUUUGGGCGGCGAACCGGACGAUCACCUCUACAUCGUUGCCAACCAGGUCGAGAGUCGUGAUGGCAAGGACAUCAACUCCGAGGGUGGCUGGCAGAUCAAGUACCAUGACGAUAGCCACUUCGGCCACGACAAGUCCCUGGAAAUCAAGCCCUAUGCCGCACUGCCGGACGGUGUGCGCCCGACCUUGUUGUACGCAGGAGAUGGCGUGUCCGAUUUGUCAGCCGCUGCAGAGACUGAUCUUCUGUUUGCCAAAAAGGGCAAGGAUUUGGUGACAUUCUGCGAGCGCGAGAAGAUUCCAUUCACGCUAUUUGAGAGCUGGGAGUCGAUUCUCGCUACCACCAAGGACAUCCUGGGUGGAAAGGUUUCAGUUAAGGAGGUUGCUCAGGAUGGACUGACUGCAGUCCACGAGGGAGCCAACAAGAACUGAUGCGGUGCAGCCAAGAUAAGAUAUCAUUCUUUCAUGCUGUUAGAUAUAGAUCGCUUGAGUAUAUACGCACCAGGGACAUAGUACUAGUUUAGAUAUCAUGAUUAUUAGAUGGAUUAGUUAAUAGAAGUGAU